UGUUGUCGUCACACAAUUACUUGGUCAAUUAUUUUUUUGGUCAAGUAUGACCAUUUAUUUUCACACCUACUCUGCUUGGAAACUUCUUCUCUCUCUUGUGGGUCCGUUAAUGGCGAACUUAUCAUCACCCAAUCCAAAACCCAUACCCCAUUGAAGACACUAAUAACUCACUUUGAUCAUAAGCAGAAUCAUAAAUCAACCCAAUUCAGUUCGCCCAAUAUGGGCUUCAAUCAAAACCACCACAGCUCCCCAAACGCCGCCGCAGGAGAUGGCGGCGUCUCCCAGCGCGGGCUCAACAGCCCAAGAUUCUCUGGACCAAUGACUCGCCGAGCCCAGUCUUUCAAACGCAACAACAACAAUAACGGUCAUGAGAUCGAUCUCCUCCUCCACUCUCCCAGAUCUGAACUCGGCAGUAACUCGGUUUCUGGUGAUGGCUUUGACUCAGUCGUUGAAAAGAAGCAGACCCAUCUUCAUCUUGGUUGUCACAGAGUUCAUGGGAAGAAGCCUACUGGGUUUGGGUUGAGAGAGAGAAAGAAGUUGGGGCAGUGGAUGUUCUUUGUAUUUUGUGGGUUGUGUUUGUUUCUGGGUGUUUUGAAGAUUUGUGCUAAUGGGUGGUUUGGAUCUGCUAUUGACUCAGUUGGGUCUGAUCAGGAUGUAAUUGACUCUUCAAUCCAUAAAGAUCUGAUGGAUCAAAGUGUUCAUGGCUAUGGACAUAGGGAGAGAAAAAGCAAUGUUAGGGUUGGAGGGAGUGAUGUGGAACGAACUCUAAUGAUGGAAGCAUCAGAUGUAGUUGGUAACCAGAACUACUUGACUGAUUAUUCAGGUGUAUGGUCAAAACCCAACAGUGAGAAUUUUAGUCAGUGUAUUGACCGCCCAAAAAGUCACAAAACAGAGCUAGAAGCAAAUACUAAUGGGUUUCUUCUCGUCAAUGCUAAUGGUGGCUUGAAUCAGAUGAGAUUUGGGAUCUGUGAUAUGGUUGCUGUCGCUAAGAUAUUGAAGGCAACACUUGUUCUUCCAUCCCUUGAUCACUCUUCCUACUGGGCAGAUGAAAGUGGCUUUAAAGAUCUGUUUGAUUGGCAAUACUUCAUUGAGAUGCUCAAGGAUGACAUCCACAUUAUUGAGACGUUACCUCCUGGCUAUGAUGGAGCUGAGCCUUUCACAAAGACACCAAUAUCUUGGUCUAAGGUCAGUUAUUACAAAUCGGAGGUCCUCCCACUUUUGAAGCAGCACAAAGUAUUGUAUUUUACUCACACGGAUUCCCGACUUGCCAACAAUGAUAUCCCAAAUUCCAUUCAGAAACUAAGGUGCCGUGCAAAUUACAUGGCCCUAAAGUAUUCAGCCCCUAUAGAAGAACUUGGAAAGAUCUUGGUUUCAAGAAUGCGAGAAAACAGAAGUCCCUAUCUUGCUCUUCAUCUGAGGUAUGAGAAGGAUAUGCUUGCAUUUACAGGCUGCAGCCAUAAUUUGACUGCAGAAGAAGAUUACGAGCUUCAAAGCAUGCGAUAUGAGGUCAGCCAUUGGAAGGAAAAAGAGAUUGAUGGUCCAGAGAGAAGGAAGCAAGGUCGUUGUCCAUUGACACCUAGGGAGACUUCCCUUUUGCUCAAAGGGCUUGGGUUCACAUCCAACACUAGGAUUUAUUUAGUGGCCGGUGAAGCUUAUGGGAAUGGAAGUAUGCAAUAUCUCAUGGACGACUUCCCAAAUAUAUUCACCCAUUCUACUCUUUCCACAGAAGACGAACUGAAACCGUUCCGGAAUCACCAGAACAUGCUAGCUGGUCUGGACUAUGUUGUUGCCCUUGAGAGUGAUGUUUUUGUUUACACCUAUGAUGGCAAUAUGGCAAAGGCUGUUCAAGGUCAUAGGCGCUUUGAGGACUUCAAGACAACUAUUAGUCCAGACAGGACGAAUUUUGUGAAACUUGUUGAUGAAUUGGACGAAGGAAAACUCACUUGGACAAAAUUUAGUUCCAAAGUGAAGAAGCUUCACAAUGACAGAAAUGGAGCUCCAUAUAAAAGAGAAGUUGGUGAAUUCCCAAAACUGGAAGAGAGUUUCUAUGCAAAUCCUCUUCCAGGUUGUAUUUGUGAGCGGAAAGAAUAGGCGCUGAUAUGGUUCAUUCUAAUUGAUGCCAUUACAAGUUCAGCUGCCAGAGGGCUUGAAAAGCUUUGUCUUCUUAACUUAAGCCGCAAUACUGAAAGUGGACUUCGGUUUUCACCCUCAGAGAAGAUCUGUACUUAUGUUAGGAAAGGUUCCUGGUUCAGAAGUGACUCUUCUGGGUUUUUUGGAACCAAUACAGUGAUACUAGAUUAUCUUGCUGAAGAUGACAGUGUAUUGCUCGUGAAAGUGACGAUUCAUGGGGGAAGUAAUUGUCCUUUCUCCACAGAACCAGGUCCAAAAGAUCGAGGUAAAAUUCUUAUCAUUGCAGUGUAAACGAUGUAAGCAUACAUAGGGGCUGAUACAAGAAGAUCUGUAUUUUGCUCUAGGACACAAAAAUAUGUAAAAGAAUUUAUGGUAAAGUUAUAUGAAGCUGCUCUUCCUUGUUAUUGUGACUUGACUUCAGUGCAAUAAUACAAGUCAUGUUUGGAUUUUCAA